AUGAAUAAUAGUAAAGAAACUGCUGAGUUUCUUAUUUCACUUGGUGCGAAUAUCAAUGAAAAAGAUGAACAUGGAAGAAACGCACUUCAUCAUGCAGCAAUGAAUAAUAGUAAAGAAACUGCUGAAGUUCUUAUUUUACAUGGUGCGAACAUCAAUGAAAAAGAUGAUGAUGGAAAAACCGCACUUCAUUAUGCAGCAAAAUAUAAUUAUAAAGAAACUGCUGAAGUUCUUAUUUUACAUGGUGCCAAAGAAUAA